AUGCGGCCACCUUUUUCUGUGCUUACAUUCCUCGUUUUCUGGAUCCCCGCAGCACAAGCCGGCUCCAGCAUCGUCCCCGUCAAUGAGCGGUGUGUCGACUCCAUCGUUACAGCCUACACAUAUAUAACUUUCGCCGGAUCAACUUCGCGGAAAUUUCUCGAUCAACGAUGUCAGAACGCACUGGCUGUUACGUCGAUCUAUGCUUCAUCGAAUGUUUACUGUCGGCCUGAAGAACGGGAGGCUGGGAUUGCACGGCUUGAUGGAAUUUGUAGUGAUGCGGGACUGGAGUUGCUGUCAAGAGACAGUGUUCGGGAGAACCUGACAGAGGAUGCGAUUCGAGGUAUGCGAAGGGUGGAUUAUGGGGAGUUGGAAAUGUCGGAGAGGAUAAAAUACCCAGUGCUUUUGUCUGCGGAGCAUUUUCGGAGAGUGUUCUCGACUAUGGAUACAUGGGCAUUCGAAAGCUGGACGCAUUAUGCAUAUGGAUAUCUCGGUUACCUAUAUUGGGCCCUCGUCCUCUCAAUAGGGAUACUAAACAGAACAGUGCAAUUUUUCUUCGUCUCCCGAUCCGAUAUCACUCCAUCAGCCCUAGUGCUCUUUCAAAACACUCCAUUCCGGCGAAUCCACCACUUCCUUCAUACACACUUUCUCGUUCCAACAGCUCUCCCAUCACACGGCCGCAGACUUCUCUGCUGGACAUUCUCCAACCGCGCCGAGGCGCUGGUCACCCUCGGAUUCUGGAUCCUUAGUAUAAUCCUCUGCAGUGUGAGCUAUCGCCUAUCUACGGACAAUAUAUACUGGCCUUCCACCUCCACCCAAUUGAUUCGGUACAUGGCCGAUCGGACGGGUAUUAUUUCGUUCGCAAACCUGCCGCUACUAUGGCUAUUCGCUGGCCGCAACAACAUUUGCGCCUGGGCGACAGGCUGGAAUUUCGCCACCUUUAAUGUCUUUCAUCGACAUGUCGCGUGGAUUGCGACGAUCCAAGCGGUGGUGCAUACAGUUCUUUAUCUUGUCUUGUUUUUUGAAAAUUCUAAUCCAUGGAGAAAAUUGUCCAAGCCGUACCUCUUAUGGGGUACUCUUGCCAUGGCUCUGAUGAUACUCAUACUCCCCGCUGCAGUAACCUGGUUCCGCCACCGCGCGUACGAGACAUUCCUCUUCAUCCACAUCGUCUUCUCAAUAAUCCUGCUCGUCGGGUGUUUCUACCACACCAUAAUAUUUGAAACCCACGAAUAUUGGUUCUACCUCUGGCUCCCCGUGGGUAUCUGGGUAUUCGAUCGCGGUUUGCGUAUAAUCCGUGUAAUAUAUAGCAACAUCCAUGUUCGAUUCCAUCAAGGAAGCGAAACCAAGGUACAGGCUACAACCAGUACAGCCACCUAUGAUAGAGUGGCCGAUCUUAUCACAUUAACUGUUGUGCCUGGAUCUGCUGCCAGCGUCCGUCCUUGCCCUGGACGAUACUACUUCCUCUAUCAGCCGUUCAGACUCACUGGAUGGGAGAGUCACCCGUUCACGUUAGGGCGCUGGGAGUACCAGGUCAGAGCCGGUCGCGGCUUGUCGGGCUCCGGCCGGUCGACGCCCAGAGUGAUUAAAGGAGACGAGACAGUGGAUGUUUCCCAGAUCCCGCUGUUGUCAGACUCGUUUUCCUCAGACGGGCCGACGAGGGAGUCCUCGUCUGCCAAAGAACCCAGCCAGGUAGUGAUGAACCUGGAACUAACCUUCUGGAUCCGUCCCUAUGACGGCUGGACGCGGCAACUCAGGGACCGAUGCCUCAGGUCACCAGAUUUCUCGACAAGGAGCACAAUCCUCCUUGAAGGCCCCUACGGACACGAAUUUCCGUUGUGGAGAUACGACUCUGUACUCUUGCUUGCGGGCGGAACCGGGAUUGCCUCUGCGGUACCGUACAUUCGGGAUCAUAUUGCGCGGUCGGAGCCACUCAGGGCUAAUAAGCUUGGUUCAGGUGCUUAUUCUGACUUGUAUGACGACGAUUCUUACACUGAUAUCACACCCGGCCGCCCGAAUCUGGGAAAAAUCAUCACAGCUUUUGCAGAGGAAGCGCAUGUCAGUGACUGCUCUGCUGCGGUGCUGGUUUGUGGGCCCCAGAAAAUGGCGGAUGAGGCGAGGGGGGCGGUAGCUGAGGCACUGAAGAGAGGAUACCAUCUUGCACGUAUAUACGGACAUGACUAG